UUAAGUAUCCAUAAGCCGUAUGAUAUCUCUAGGGUUUUAUAAUUAUCAAUACUAUAUGUAUACAUAUAUAUCUCUUUCUUCUUCUUAAUUUCUACUUUUACCAUCAAAUAUUCUUUUUGUUUGCUCCAAUGGAUUCUGAUGAUGAAGUUUAUGACAUGUAUGAUGAUGAAGAGGAGGAAGAAGUUCCCACCAUUGAUGAAGAACCAAGAGUUUUUCACAAACAAAAAUGUUACAAAAUCUUGAAUGAUACUAAUAUUCGUCAACUUGUCAAUGAAGACAUAUCGAAAACUUCAAUGAUUUUGUCAGUAUCAAGAGAUGUAUCGUUAGCCCUACUUCGAUGCCAUGGUUGGGAUAUUGAUAGAGCUAAUGAAGAAUGGUUGGUUAAUGAGCAUGAAGUACGUAAGUCUAUAGGUAUGUUAUGUGAUGAUAAUGCUGAUAAUAAUAACUAUGUCUCAAUCCCGAAGAAGAAGAAAAAGAUGAAUAAUGUACGUGUGAAUUGUGGUAUAUGUUUUGAUGAAUAUUGUAUCGAUGAUGUUGGUUUUGCUAGUUGUGAUAAACAUCCUUUUUGUAAGGUAUGUUGGGACGGUUACAUUAGUAUGUCUGCCAAUGAUGGUGGUCCUAAUAAAUGUCUUAGUUUACGUUGUCCUGAUCCAUCUUGUGAAGCUAUGGUAGGUGAAAGUUUGAUUGUUAAAUUAGCUAAUGAGAAAGAUCGAUUGAAGUAUUAUGACUAUUUGUUUCGAUCAUAUGUUGAGGAGAAUAAGAGCAAGAAGAUUAAAUGGUGUCCUUCACCGGGCUGUGAGUGUGCUGCUGAAUUCGAGUUUGGAAGUGAGAAUUAUGAUGUGAUCUGCGAUUGUUCUAAUGGAUUUUGUUGGAGUUGCUUGGAGGAAAUUCAUCGCCCUAUUGAUUGUGAUAUGAUAGGUAAAUGGAAGGACAUAAAUCAUGAGGAGUUUGCGAAUACUAAUUGGAUUUUAUCUUUUACUAAGAAGUGUCCAAAGUGUGAGAAAUCAAUUGAGAAGAAUAUGGGAUGUAUGCAUAUGACUUGUAGAUGUGGAUAUCAAUUUUGUUGGCUUUGUUUGGCAAAAUGGGGUGCUUGUUUUAGUAGAUGUAAUAGGUAUGAAGAGAAACAAGAAGUUACACAAGCCAAAAAAGAUAUUCAAAGAUAUACACAUUAUUAUGAGAGAUGGUUAUCUAAUGGAAAGUCAAAAGAAAAAGCUUUAUAUGAUAUGAAGAAAAUGAAAGAUGAAGGGUUGAAGAAGUUAAGUGAUGAUAACAAAAUCAAUGAGAAUGAAUUGAGAUUUGUUAUUGAAGCUUGGGAACAAAUUGUUGAAUGUAGGAAGGUAUUGAAAUGGACAUAUGUAUAUGGAUUUUAUUUACCACAAGAUGAGGUAGCGAAAGCGCGAUUUUUUGAGUAUUUACAAGGGGAAGCUGAGGCAGGUCUAGAACGACUUCAUCAUUGCACGGAGAAGGAAUUGAUGGAUCAUCUCGGGUCAAGUACAAACGGAUUUGAUUAUACAGAGAAAGGAUCUUACAAGAAUUUCGUAGAUUUUCGCACGAAAGUUAUUGGUUUAACUAAAGUUACUGGAAAUUACUUUGAUAAGUUGGUUAUGGCACUUGAAAAUGGACUUAAAGAUGUGAAUAUUUCAUCAAGAAGAUAAAUUAAAGCACCAGUGAGUAGUAGCAGCAGCAGCAACAACAACAAUAACAACAACAAUAAUACUCAAUUAGUUGAAGAAGGACUUAUGUGGGCAUGUGAUAGGUGCACUUUUUCGAAUGAAGAUUUUCAUACAUAUUGUCAACUCUGUUUUGAUAGUUAUUGAAGAAAAUUUAAUUUACUGAAUUUUAGAAGUGUUUUUUGUUUUUUUACUUUGGUUAGCAAGUUUAGUGAGAAUGAUUAUGGAUUAUUUGGUAUUGGACUUAUGAUACUUUGGUUUAGAAUUUGUUUUUAUUUUUGCUUAGAUAUAUAUUAUCUGGAUGUUCAUUCUAGUAGUCUUAGUAUUAUUCUUGUUUCUUUUUCUUUGAUUUUUGUUACUAUCGUGUAGUUUGAUUGUAGUAGUAUUUUGUUGGAGUAUUGUUUCACUGUUAUCACCUAUCGGUUUUUUUCUAUACUGUCAGUUGUUUCUUUU